AUAAAAAUUGCUUUUCCCCAAAUCAGAACAAAAGUACUGAAGAACAAGGUGAGUCCCCAAAAUGGAGCUUAGUUUCUCUCCGUCAAACUUUCCCGCUGAAUCUUGGAACAACUAGCCGAAUCAUUGAAUAACUGCAUGAUGAAUCAAUGAAGAACUGCUUGCUAAAUCGAUGAAUCACUGAAUGUUUAUCAGGCAAGUCAUAGAAAAUUCACACUGUGUUUUUCCCCAAAUAAGAAAAACAUUCCGUCCAUUUGAAGAACAGGAUUUUCUCUACAAACUAAGUCUAAAGAGCACAAUUUCCGUCAAACAUUCUCAGAGGUAUCACGGUUUCACGUUGAAAAGCUGAAGAACAUGAUUUCACCAUUUGUUGUUGAUGAGUUGAAGGUUACGCCUCAGAUGAACACUCCUCACUAAAAUGCUUAACUUUAUAAGCUGAUGUCUUAAAGCUUCAACACAUUUUGUUGAAAUAGGGUUUAUCAAGUGUUAAACUGUAACUUCGAAAGUCUAAAUUUUAGUUUUAGGGUUUUGUUUUCUUGUGUCUACAAAUAUAUUUUUGUUGAUUUUUGGGAGUCUAACUCAUAGUUAUAUUGGCCACGUACGUUUUAUAUUCACAUGGACAGUUCUGAAUGAGACAUGCUCUACUCGGAAUAAUAUGAUGAUAAGGAAAAUUCCUCUAUCCAACAAAUGUAAUAUGUGUAAAAAGAAGAGAAACAACAACAUAAUAGGUUGUCAUUUGUGUUAAUCUUGAAUACUAACUCUUGUUUAGUUAUUGUCUUUUGAAUGGAGGCGUGUCCAUUGAUAAGGGUGGUAGUAAGGUUCUGGUGGAGCCACAUAGACAUCGAGACGUGUUCAUUGCUAAGGGCAAGGAAGAUGAUCUUUGUACUAAGAAUUUGGUACUUGGUGAUGCUGUCUACGAUAAAAAGAUAAUCUCUGUUCAAGUUAUAACCUUUAUUUUAUCAUUAUGAUAGACUUUUUAAUGUUCUGUUGUUGUGUACGUUUUUUUUUAUGACUAUUGGUAUCAAAUGCUUGCAAGAUUGAGUCUUUCUUGGAUGUUUAUAACAUAGUGUUAGAAAUUAGGUUAUUAAGUUGAUCUAAAAGUAAGGUUUUUUCCAUAUAAAUUACAUGCAACUUGUCUUAAUGUAUUUAAAUGCAAGUCUAGUUAAUUUUAUCAUAUAGUUCUUGUUCUUACUCGUUCUCGAUGAACAAGACAUUUUGAACUAUAAUGAAUAUGUUGUUGUAACUGCUCCCAUAUUCCCCAUCCUGUAUGCUUCUAUUCUGUUUUGUAUCGAUUAUCAUCCUUAAUGUAUCUAUAAAGUAUAAACUUAUUAACUUAUGCCCGUCAGAACUAAACCAAUACCUGAUUUUCUUAAAUGUAUAAGAUUAUUAACCUGUCUAUAUUCUUAGAAUUAAGAUAGAACAAAGGUUGAAUAAGAAGUGUGAAAUCCUUUCUGUUCUAAGUUAGCAAUUACAAUUCUUACAAGAGUUGAUGAUAUCUGGAUUGUAAGUUUGUCUCAUGUAAAUUCAUGAGAUUUAAAUCUGGUUUCAUUGUUUUUAGAAUAGCACAUUUAUUUCCAAGUUGAAUUUGUAACAGAAACUAGGUAAUCAUUCCUUUACAUGGGUGCUAUUUCAGGAACCACAUUAUCUCAUGUAUCAAACCUCUUUGGUCCAGUAAAGUAUCUAUGUAUGUGAAUUAAUUCAUAUUUGGUAUUGAUGGCAAUGCUGGUUUUUAUAUUAGAGAUCAUUUCUUUGCACGAAGGGGUUGUAUCUGUUGUUGAAUUUUCUCAAAGAAGAGGAAGGAACUUGGUGGACAUGGCUAAGAAAUGUACCAUUCUGAGGCCUUUUUCACAUAGUUUAUGACUGUGUUGACAAAUGACUCACCUUUCGACUCCAUGGAUUGAAUUGAAGUGGAUGUUCAUAUUUGUCAUCUUAAGUUCCUAAAGUACAAUUGUCCCAGUAUGUUCCAGCCUCGAAAAAGCUUGCCACUUUGAGGUUGCUCUAGCAGGUAUUGCAGGUAUCGCAGGUGUACCACAAAAUCAAGAUUGGCAACCUGUCUAAGAUGAUUUCAUUCAUUGACUUCCUUUUAUUGAGAAGAAUUUUAUUGAUGCUGUUAGACAUAAUUUUGUAGCCAUUAAAGUUGAUCACCUUAAUGAUUUUGUCCUAUUUGGUAAACAGGUUUUGGAACCAAGGUUGAAGUCUAGAAGGCAAAGCUUGGGAAAGUUCCUCUACGACAAAGUGUGUCCUCAUAUAUCCGAAGGUGAUAGAAGUUAUUGGCUUUAAUAGGAAGAGGCUUGACAUUCCAAGUGACAUGAAUCCUCAACUGAUGACUACUAUUAAGGACUUUCUAGGCUGUGAUUAAGAAGAAAUGUGGUCAGGAUGCCACAAAUGUCGGCGACGAGGGUGGUUUUGCUCCUAAUAUCCAGAAGAACAAGGAAGGUCUUGAAUUGCCUUAGACAACCAUUGAGAAAGCAGGUUACACCGGAAAGGUGGUCAUUGGAAUGGAUGUUGCAGCGUCUGAAUUUUACGGAAAGGACAAAAUCUUAUGACCUGAACUUCAAAGAAGAGAUCCAUUUAACCAAGAUGACUGGGAGACCUAUGCUAAGCUCACUGCUGAGAUUGGGGAGCAAGUACAGAUUGUCGGUGAUGACCUUCUUGUCACCAACCCUAAGAGGGUUGGCAAGGCAAUUGCCGAGAAGACUUGCAAUGCUUUUUUUCUUCAAGAUGAAAAAAGUGAAACAACAAAACAAUACUUGUGUGAGUAUAUUAUGGAAUCAUGUGGCAUACCCAUUUAAAUGGUGAGCUUGUUCAAGGAAUGACGCACUGAUUCAGAAAGGUGUAACAAUUUGCAUUAGAAAAAGAAACAGUGGCUUAAUUACCUUACUUUCUCCAAUGUUGAACACAUUUUUUUCUAUUUUGAUAAUUCAUAGUUUCUUUUACUGCUAAAAGAUAAGAAAGUGAAUCUGUUAAAGAUAGUUUGUUCUUAUUUUGAAUGAAUGACAUUGUUUUGAGUUUGGUAA